AUGAAUGAAAACCACAUGUCAAAAGUAUUUUCAAAGAAAUCAAAGAAACAUUACCACUACAAAGAAAUUAUAUCAAUAAAUGAUAAUGAAGAUGAUGAAAUUAUUUCAAAACCAUUUUUAGGUAAUAACAAUAAAAACAAAAUAUUUAACCAAGGAAAUAGUAAUAAAAGUACCAAUAAUAGCUCAAAUAAAUCCUAUGACGAUUUCGAAAUUGACAACCCUUUGAAUCAGUAUCCACCAUCAUGCGAAUAUGACAUAUGUUAUUGUGAAAAAAGAAAUAAAAUUGUAAUAAGAGUUUUUAGGCCAACUGAAAGUUUAACAAUCCAGCAAAUAAUUUACGCCCCCGAUCAUGAAUUUGGAAUGAAAGAUCCAAAAUCAACCAAUAAAAACCCAAACCAAUUAAACAUCAAUUUGUAA